UAAGCAUACUAAUUUUUCAAAAGAUCCAAUAUUUUGAACAUUAAACUGCUUAUUCUUGAUUUCUGAGCUUGAACAUUCAGUUAAUAAUGAAUGAAAAGUUGAGUAAAAGGUCUCUCAAAAAGCAAAAAGGAAAGUAUCACAAAAAGGCUAUCAAAAAGCCAAGUAGGAAGCCUCUCGAAAAGUCUAUCGGAAAGUCUCCUGAAAAGUCCCCAGAAAAAUGCCAAGAACAAUGAAAAAGAAAGAAGAAUGAAGGUGAAACUCUCGAAUCGACUUUAGAGUCGUCCAGACUAUCUGAAAAUAAUAAUGAUUCUUCAAAAGAUAACCGAACUUUGACCAACGAAAAGCCAAAGAAAGAGAUUAAGAAGAAAAAGAAAACAAAGAAAGCAACCAAAAGUGCUCAUCAAAAUAGCCCCAAAAAGAUGAAGAAGGCAAUAACCAGGAGGAAACUGAAAAGCGUAAUAAAACCAAUUUGUGAGGAGAAAAAGGAGCCUUCAUGCAAACUAGCAAAAUCUCCUCGUAAGAAGCCUUUAAACCCCGAUGAAAUUCUAAUAGAUGGGCAAAUGCUCAAAACGUUCUCGACCUCACUUAACACUCAAACUUGAAUGAAAACCAGCCAAAUUACCCUAAAGCCUCUCAGCGACAUCCCAUUUAACUCCCCAAUAAAGACUCGGAACAGAACUAGAGGUCUUCAUAAAUUGCCUCAAAUUCCCCCGAUCCCACCAUUUCAACCUCGGCCAGAACUAAAAAUUCCUAAACUACAGCCAAUAAAAUCGCCAGUAAAGUCAAAUAGGUUGAAAUCCUCACCUUUCAAGAAGAGAGACAGAAAAUCUGCAUUCAAGCAGUCGGAACUGCCAAAGGCUCCUGUUGAAGUUAAUCCUGUUAAGUUUAAGUGACCAAAGCUAAAGGAGAAACCUGAGCCGAAGAUUAGUAGGGGUGAAAGACCUAAGAGGAAGACCAAGAAACCAAUUUUCUUUACGUUUGAUAAGAAUGGGAGACCUGGAGAGGCAACUUAUGGUGAAAAUGAGAUUCCUCUUGAAAGUGAUUAUAUGAUGAUCCUUCCAUCUAAGCACAAGAAGGGACAACCUCUGGAGAUUUAUCUCUCGCUUGAGUGCCUGCUUAUCAUGACGAUCCAUUCACAUCUUUAUAGUACAGAGGUUAUUGGGUAUCUAGGAGGACAUACAUUGGACUUAUAUACUAGCCUUAAACCGGGACAGGAGCAAAAAUCCAUAAUUUUCUUUCACCACUGAUAUCCCUGAAAUCCUUUGGAGCCAACUGAAGACAUGAGAGACAAAAUUGAUAGGACGAGGAAUGUUGAGAUGGAAACAAAUUCAUCACUGAAACAGAAAUUGAAGGUUGAGGAGAAUGGAGAAAAGGUAUUAUCUUGGUAUCAUUCACAUCCGUUUUUUGAGGUUUCACCAUCCCAAAUAGAUAUUAAGAACCAUUCUUCGCAUCAAAAAAUGUUUUCGAACGAUAAAAAACCCUUUGUUGGGCUGAUAAUCGGGCCAUAUUUAAAGAGAAUUUCAGAUGAUGGGGUGAAGAGCUUACUUAAAUGUUUCCAUACAGUAGGUGAAACUCCAUUUGAAUUAAAGAUUAACCAUAUCCCAGACUGAACGAUUUCAAAAGAUUGUGUAGAUUUAAUCACAAAGCUAAUCUCAAAAUCGAUGGGCAAACCAGAUAAAACGAAUCUGGAUAAAAUAUGGGUUGAAAACCCUAAGAAAGGAGAAAAACUUAAGAGAGGAGAAAAACUUAUCAAAGAAAUCAAACAAAUGCUUCUUGACAACAUCAAGAAUUACAAAAACUUCAGAAUAACUAAACCCUUCGAAGCAAAGUUUGCCAUUGAUCCAGAAUUUCGAGAAACUUUUGAGAAGAAAUAUGCUAAAUACAAAGAUAUCUAUAAGAUCGUCAGCAAGAUAACGCAGGGAAACUUAUCCGAACAGAGCGUUAAAGAAAAGAUCAAGAUUAUUGAGAGGGAUCUUUCAGUGAGUUACUGCUACGAUAUCAGCACGAAUGAGAAAAUUGAUAAUUUCAUCAGUAUUCUAAAGAAAACCUUAGCUGCAUCUUAAUCUCUAGUAAUUUCAAUUUAAGUAAAAUAAAUGGG